AUGAAGGCUCUAGCCGAACUUGUUGUGCGUAGUGCGUCUGCUGGUAUAAAGCAACUUAGUGUAUAUGAUCCGUGGUCGUAUGUAAGGUCGAACAGGGUAGUACUGGAAAAACUAAUAGCGAAAGCGUCUACGACUAAACACUCAAAAAGUCGUAUUGAAGUCAAUAUCAAUAAGCCAUUGGAAGAUAUUAAAUAUUACGGUGGUGUUAUUGCUGUUUAUCUGCUAGGUAAAGAGUCGGGGAAACAAGCAUUGGUUAGGACUUGUCGGAAAGUGUGCUCAGAUUAUGAUAUAGAUGCUAUUAAUAUAAAGGCCAUAUCUCAGUGUUUAGCAAAAGAUUCGUUGACAGAACCUGAUUUGCUGCUCAAAGUUGGUGCUACAAAUUCAAUGGCUGGUUAUCUGCCAUGGGCUCUUCGAGUAACUGAAAUAGUUCCAGUUCCUCACUUGUCAAAACAUGUUUCUUUCAAGCAGUUCAUUUCAUUCUUUGAUUCGUAUUAUAAACGUGACAGGAGAUUAGGACGAUAA